CGCCUAUCCUCUGGAUGUGCAAGUUGUAUGGGUAGUGAAAUAUCUGUUCGUUUUUGCAUCCUGCUGCCCUCACUUCUCUGAAUCGGCCCGUUCUCUGCAAUGUCUCAGAAUUCCCACGGGCAUCCUCCAAUACUGCCGCCUUUUAUGGCCCAGUCGGACAGGAAAUCCUCGUCGGGCCAACACCAGGAGCCCACCCCGCCACCGAAGGUCUCCGCGUUUGUCCAGAAGCUGUAUGCCAUGCUCAAUGAUCCCCAGCUCUCCCAUCUGAUAUGGUGGAGCCGGACGUACCAAAACGACUUUACCACGUUUGCGUUACUGCCCGGAGCAGAGUUUGCGAACGCCUUAACGGGCUAUUUUAAGCACGGCAACGUUGCGUCCUUUGUGAGGCAGCUGCACAUGUACGGCUUCCACAAAGUGUGCGACAACAACCCUCCUCUUGUUCCACCUUCCAGGCCGAACGAGGGCUUGUCUGAGGAGGAGCUGAAAAAUAUGCAGGUGUGGGAGUUCCGCCACUCCACGGGGAGAUUCCGUAAGGGCGAUGAAGGGUCGCUCUGUUACAUCAAAAGACGCUCAUCGGGCACUCAGAAGGCUACGUCCGAACAGGCAACAGAGUUUGUCGCAGCGCAGUAUUAUCCCCCCCACCAGCCGCAUUAUGACCAUUUGUACCAGCCCGUGGAGUAUCAGCCCACGGUAUACAUCCCGUACCACGAUGUACCGCCGCCGCUCCCGCCCCAUCAGCAAGUAUCAUACGAGUACAACAGUCACAUAAUCUUGCCUUCCAUGCCGGACGUGGAAAACAAGUCCCGAAAUGCGACUCUUAAUACACACAUCAGCGACAACACUGAGGUUUCGUUCCAGUCGUCCUCUCGAAACAGAUAUCCGUCGGUGUUUUUGGACCCUUUAGCCCCAGCGCCGCACAUAGCACCACUCCCCCCGCAGAACCCUGUACCAUUACAGUAUUACCCCCAUUCCGACCAGCAGUACCCUCCACUGCCAGCGCCGCCACAUGUUGCGAACCAAAGACGAACGGGGUCAUAUCCCAAAAUGUCUGCGCCCCUGAUGCAGCACGAGAUACGCCUGCCGCGGUCUAUUCCUAACGAGUACUUCCCCCAGUCGCCGGCUCCACCGUCGCCGGCUCUGCCUCCCCAUCGCUUUAACACCCCCGGCUCCAGACCCGCACCUUCGCAGCCACUCACCCCACGCAGGACUACGCCGCCCCCACAACCCCCUUCCCACCAGCGCAUUAUGCAAAUGAGACCCUCUGUAUACGAUGUCCAGCACAACAUAAACUCGGUCUCCUCCAUUUCCACCGGGGGUUCCAAUUCCAUCUUUAGUAGGACCUCUGUGGGAUCCUCCAUCGUGGGGCCACCACCGUCUAUGGUGCCGCUCAUCACCGUUACAAACACACAAACUUCUAGUGGGGGUAGAAACUCCUCCAUCUCGGACCUUCUCAACUCAGAGUCCCAGUCGCACCUCCAGUCCAUCGAGCUUGCCACUCAGAAGGACACAAAGCGCUCGUUCGACUCCGAUUCUGAGCCCGAGGAAGAUUUGAUGGCCAAAAAGAAACUCAAACUCAGUUCGCUUGUCCAGGACUAACUUGUACUAUUUUUCUAGUGUAUUAGAUUAUUCCAAUUUGUUUUGAAUGCGAUAUCAAUACUCGAUGCUAAAAUGGCCGCUUACUAACCUUCUUGGUGGUGGUGCCACUUCUUUUCCGUCGCACCACCUCGUCCGAGUCCGAGUCAUCCUCAGACCGUCCAUCCUCUCCCGGAGCUGGCCUGGUGGCCUCCCGCCUCGUUUUCUCCACUUUGGCGCGGGCCUUGUCUCUGUUGGCAUUUCGCAGCUUGUUCUGCAGCGCCUGCAGCGACCGCGACUGCGGUCGUUGCGGGUUCU